AUGUUUUCGUUUUUGGUCAUUGAACAUACCCUCGAUCAGAAUCGAUCAUACAAAGAUUGUAUUAUCGCUCCGGAUAUUGACACAGAUAUCGAUGAUCAUCUUUUUUAUUGUCUUCGACGAGACGAUUUAUUCGGUGAAUCUCCUUCAAAUCGUUGUUAUGCUGAUGUUCAAAUCACAUUCAAAGAAUUAUCUGCAUCAAAUAUCAGCACUUGUGAUUUAUUACAGUGGCAUGUUCCGGUCGAUCUUGCCGAUUUCUAUGGUGCAAUUCUAUCAAAUGAUUCUGACAACGAUAUUGGAAAUCACAGUGAACGGUGUUUAGAUUAUCGCGAUAUAUGCGACGGAGAAUUUGAUACAAUAAAUGGUGAAGAUGAAUUCUAUUGUGAUCAAAUCGAAACCAAUAUUUGUGCUAACAAUCAAUUCCGUUGUUGGAAUGGCCUUUGUAUUGAUCAUCAAUUUCUUUUCGAUGGUCAAGGUGAUUGUACCGAUUUGAGUGAUGAACAGAAUUUACUAAUUCAUCAUAAACAUGUUAAUUUCCAAGCAUGCUAUAAACAAGCCAGUUUCGAUUGUGAUGAACAUUGGUGUGGACGUAAAAUGAUUUCCUGUGGCGAUGGUGAAUGUAUUCCAUGGUCACAACGUUUCUGGAAUGAAUAUGAUUGUCAUAAUUAUUAUACACAUUAG